AUGGCCAAGGAUAUUAAAGAGCUGGCGAAAGAGUGGCUGGAGCUUGAUGAAGACGAGACAACGAGGGACGAAAUCUACAAACUUCUGGUCAAUGGCGACAAUGAUGAGCUCGAAAGACGGCUACGACACCGCAUCGCUUUUGGCACAGCUGGACUCAGAGGACCUAUGCAGGGUGGUUUCGCUUGUAUGAACUCACUAACAGUCAUCCAAGCCUCACAGGGGCUGGCCGCAUACCUCUUGAAGACCGAAAAGAACGUAAAGAGGAGGGGAGUCGUCAUCGGUCGGGAUGCGCGACACAAUUCAGAGAAGUUUGCCAUGCUCACUGCGGCCGCGUUCGUAGCCAAGGACAUCAAGGUGUGGUGGUAUGAGGAGCCGAGUCAUACACCCAUGGUCCCUUUUGGUGUGCGAGAGCUUGAGGCUGUUGCUGGUAUCAUGAUCACUGCAAGCCAUAACCCAGCCAAGGACAACGGAUACAAAGUGUACUGGUCAAACGGUUGUCAAAUCAUUCCCCCGCACGAUAGCGGGAUCGCCGAAUCCAUACUGGAAAACCUGAAGCCCGUCACUUGGGAUACAUCGGUGGUGGAAGACGGCGCAUCGCUUCUUGUGGAGGGAAGCUUAGGUCUUGUCCAAGACAAGUACCACAAAGCCAUCCUCUUCGCAGCGCAGCCUGAGCAUGCCACCGUCAAAAUGGACAAAGAGCUUAGGUUUGUUUAUACUCCCAUGCAUGGUGUCGGGCUUCCGGCGAUGCAGCGAUGCACAGAGACACUCGGAAUUGCUUCUCAGAUGACCGUCGUGGAAGCCCAAGCACAACCAGACCCCGACUUUCCUACAGUAAAAUUCCCCAACCCUGAAGAAAAGGGGGCGCUCGAUCUCGCAAUCGAGACGGCAGAGAAGUCGUUGAUACCUCUGAUCCUCGCUAGCGACCCUGACGCAGAUCGACUUGCAGCUGCAGAGAAAGUAGGAGACAAAUGGCACAUCUUCACUGGGAAUCAACUUGGCAUGCUUCUCGGCUCUUAUCUCUUCGAACGCUAUCCAAAGGAUAGGCCGCGAGAGAAGCUUGCGAUGUUGGCAUCCACAGUCAGUUCCAGGAUGCUUGCAGCUCUAGCGAAGAAGGAAGGGUUUAAGUUUACUGAAACCUUGACUGGCUUCAAAUGGCUAGGCAACGUAGCUCGCCAGCUUGAUAGCCAAGGCUACGACGUCUUGUUCGCCUUCGAAGAGGCCUUGGGCUACAUGAUUCCUCAGACGGUACACGACAAGGACUCGAUCAGCGCAGCAGCAGUCUUCCUCAUAGCUGCGUCACAAUGGUCUAAGCAGGGUCUUACUCCGUAUGCCAAGCUACAGGAACUUUACAAGUAUCUUGGUUACUUCGAAGACGCAAACACAUACCUUGUAUCGCCUUCGCCGUCCGUUACCACGGCCGUGUUCACUGCGAUCCGUGCAUUGGGCGACCCGCACCCUACCACCAUCGGGAACCGCAAGAUCGUCCGUUGGCGCGAUCUGACCCUGGGCUAUGACUCAAAGAGCAAGGACCACAAACCAGAUCUUCCGGUAGAUGUGAGUAGUCAGAUGAUCACGUGUGAGCUGGAUGAUGGGGCCGUGUUCACAGUCAGAGGAAGUGGGACGGAACCGAAGAUCAAGCUUUACAUUGAGUGCCAGGGAAAAAACAGCCAUGAGGCCAAAGAAGGCGCCAUGGGCAUCUUGGACGAUUUGCUCAAGGAAUGGUUCAAGCCCGAAGAGAAUGGAUUGCGGCUGGCUUAGAGUAAGUUGACGUAUAGACCAUGCUAUGAGUGU